UAUCGCACUCAGUACAUCACCAUGAGCUUGUUUGCAAAAACACAAACAUUAAUAAACCAGUUGGAGUCCACCAUAGAUGAACGCAAACAGCUCUUCAGCCUCAAACUAGAGCCCUCCACCAACGACAACUUUGAUCUCAUCAAUUUGCUCGACAAAAUCUCCAAAAAUCUUAAUUACCUCCAGGAUGACUGUAAGGAUAGUGGCAACUACCAAAGACUAGAAACCACCGUAGACCGGUUCAACAGCAAUAUAGACAGUUUAAGCCAUGAUACAUCUAUUCAGAUUGACGAAUACAAGUUCAAAAUCAAGACCAGAAGAGAGCCUGUGGUGAAGGAAGCCAAGUCUGUGAGAUUCCAAGAUGAUAAUGAUGACAAUGAAGAAAACCUCCGAAACGAACUCAUGGGAACACGAACCUUCCGUCCGUAUAGAGAUGUUCCUGAUGCCGAUCUGGAGUUCGACGAUGCACUGGAAACGUCGCAGGAUUCAAAUCUUAACAACCAGCAAAUGUUUGCUCAGCAUCAACAACAGCUUCUUACGCAAGACGACGACUUGGAUGUGUUACAUGAGUCGGUGAAAAUCCAGAAGCUGAUGGGGCUCAACAUUAACCAGGAGUUGGAUGAACAUUUGAUCAUCUUGAACGACUUGGAAAAUGGAGUCGACGUGGCUCACAGACGAGUAAGAAACACCAAUAACCGCUUAAAUGAGUUCAGAAGCAAAGUGCAAGAGAACGGGUCUCUUGUUACGAUAAUUGUGCUCACAGUGAUUCUUAUUCUUCUAUUGGUAGUAUUAAACUAAAUAUAUUUACAUUAGCGUGAAUAGACACAGAAGCCAGUGCCAUGUCUUAGUCCGUCAUUGUAAUUGCAAAUUUUAUGGACGUCACAAUUAGAAGUUGAAGUCGUCAUUCUCCUCUUCUUCUUCGCUGAAGAACCAAAUGAAUAUGAUGAUGUCCACGUAAACAAUCAACCCUCCAAUAAUACUCAUUAACAUCGAGCCCACUUCAAUCAAAUGACAGUGGUAAAACACAAUCGGCAAGCUCACUCCACUAACAAUCAAAGUUCCGGUGAUGUACUUGCACAACUCCUGCAACUGUGAAGGGUUGCUGCCAUGAUCAUUACUGAAAGUCAAGAAAUCGUCUCGGGUGCUCUCGAUGGUAUUUGCAAGGAUGUUGGGUAAUGGGGCCACCAAGAAAAUGAAUAUUACCCAAAGGGGCUUAUAGUUGUUGAAUAAUGCACAUGACAAGAGGAUAAGCAAAAACCCCGAGGCUAGAAAUGCCGAUAAAAAGAUGAUUUUAUUGAGUGGGUUCAUUAGAGGGAGUUAUACUGGGUC